AACCCGGCCUCAUCAACCUCCAACUGCUCACUCUCCUCCCCACCAAUUGAACAGAAUCCUCGUUCAGGCAACUUCAGCAAUCAUGUUCCGUACCGCCGUUCUCCGAUCCGUCGCCCGCGUCGCCGCCCGACCCGCCGCCGUGACAAGAUUCGCUGCCGUCGCUGCCCCCCGCGCCGCUACCGCCGCCGUCGUCCCCAAGAUCCAGAGCUUCCAGGGUGUGCGGUUUUACAGCGCCGGCGGUGCGCUCAACAAGGAGGAGGUUGAGGGUCGCAUCAUGAGCUUGCUGCAGGGCUUUGACAAGGUCAACGAUGUCUCCAACAUCAAGCCCGCCGCUCACUUCGCCAACGAUCUCGGUCUCGACUCUCUCGACACCGUCGAGGUCGUCAUGGCCAUCGAGGAGGAGUUCAGCAUCGAGAUUCCCGACAAGGAUGCCGACUCCAUCCACUCCGUCAGCCAGGCUGUCGAGUACAUCCUCCACCAGCCCGACGCCAACUAAGCGCCCUUGUCCUUCAACAUCCCCCUCCCCCUUGUACAAUUAAACUCCCAUGACACACAAACCCCCUUCUAAAUCCUUGGGAUACCACAAGGAUUACUCUCAGACACCCUCAGAGGCGCCGAAAAAAACUUGGGGAGGGGAGAGGAUAAAACAAAAUCCAAAUCUUAAUCUCGGCGCAUGAUGAGAAUGGUUGUCAAUUUUUUUUUAUAAGACGGCUGCGGACAAAUGGGGACGGGCCCGGAGAGAGAGAGACAUUCGUACGAAUAUAAAAGAAUUGGCGGGAGAAGAGUGGUCACCGCUUGAUUCCCCGAGUGUCCUUGUUAAACCCUAUUUUCUCGAGAGGUGAUCGUGAAGUGGUUUGGCAAUGGGCACCUGUCUUCCAAGGGAUGUACGAUCGGGAGCAUUGUUUGAAUCUCUACUACUGUGGCUUUUACCUUGACCUAGUGUAUAGAAACACCCUACUGAUCUACAUGGCA